AUGGAGCCGCCGCAGUCCACCGGCAUGGCCGAUCUCACCGCCCGCCUCACCAAGCGCCUCGCGGACGCCAACAGCGACCGCAACCUGGUCUUCUCGCCGCUCUCCAUCCACGCCGUCCUCGCGCUCCUGGCCACCGGCACCCGCGGGGACACCCUGGAAGAGAUCCUCCGAGUCCUGGGCGCACGGUCCCGCAGCGAGCUAGAGGACUCCGUGGCGCGCCUCCUGGACGGACCCCUCAGGGACAGGUCGUCGGAGCCUGACGGCGGCGGGCCGAGCGUGGCGUUCGCGUCCGGCGUGUGGAGCGACCUGACGCGGCCGCUGAAGCCGGCCUUCCGCGACGCCGUGGUCGGCAAGUACAAGGCCGAGGCCAGCUCCGUCGACUUCCGCAAAUACCCAGAGCAGGCGGUGCAGCAGAUCGACGCGUGGGCCGCGGCGGCCACGAGGAACCUCAUCCAGUCCGCCGUCCCUCCGGGAGCCGUGCACCGGGGCACCGACCUCGUGCUGGCCAACGCCAUCUACUUCAGGGGCAAGUGGGACGUGCCGUUCUACGAGAGCUCGACCAAGAACAGGCCCUUCUACCGGCUCGACGGCACCGCCGUCGACGUCCCCUUCAUGUCCAACUACGACCGCCACUUCAUCGCCGAGCACGACGGGUUCAAGGUGCUCCAGCUGCACUACAAGAGAAGUUCACGGUACCCUCGUAGUCGGAACCACGGCAUGUCCAUGUGCAUCUUCCUCCCGGACGCGCGCGACGGCCUGGGGAGCCUGCUGGACAAGAUCACGUCGUCGUCCGCCGCAGGCUUCCUGCGCGAGCACCUGCCGACGAGCACGGUCUCGGUGGGCGAGUUCGGGGUGCCCAAGUUCGAGCUCUCCUUCCAGAGCAGCCUCGUCGGCGUGCUCAACGACCUGGGGCUCCGGCUGCCCUUCACCCAGGACGCCGACCUCUCCGAGAUGCUGCAGGAGCAGGACGACGGUUCCGGCUUGCCGUUCCUCGUGCAGGACGUCUUCCAGAAGGCCGUCAUCCAGGUGAACGAGGAAGGGACCAAAGCCGCCGCCGUCAACAUGUCGUUAUUCUACAGCCCGACAAGCCCUCCUGUCUGGCCACGACAGGUGGAUUUCGUCGCCGACCACCCGUUCGCCUACUUCAUAGUGGAGGAGGCGUCGCACGCCGUCCUCUUCGCGGGGCACGUCGUCGACCCUGGCAAUGGCGCCGCGGCGGCGAUCCCGACCCCCGCCCCGUUCCAGGAACGCGCCACAACAAAAAGAGAACCUGAAGAUGAGGUGGUGAACGAGUAUACGGGUUAUGCUCCCGUGUAUUAUGUUCCCAAACCCGUGUCGCCGGUAUGCGAUCCAGCAGGCCCGAGCCCAUGGGGGUGCAACCUGUGCGCCAGCACAGGGCCCCCAGUUUAG